GACUACGUCUCCCAAUCGUUUUGUUUGUUAAGUCUACUGUUUGCUUUACGGCUUCGCAUGGAAACAUCACAUGCUCGACCGGGAACGCGGGAGACGGGAGUGGUGAAAUGUUUACCUCCAAGCUGCUGACUCUGGUGCUGGUGGUACAACCUGGAAGGGUGCUGCUCGGCAUGAAGAAAAGAGGUUUUGGAGAAGGGAAAUGGAACGGUUUUGGAGGCAAGGUUCAGUCAGGAGAGACGAUUGAAGAGGCUGCCAGGAGAGAACUGCUGGAGGAAAGUGGCCUCACUGUGGAUGUGCUGGAAAAGAUUGGCAAUAUUAAAUUUGAAUUCAUUGGAGAAACAGAGUUGCUUGAUGUCCAUGUUUUCAGGAUCGACACUUACAAUGGAGAACCGACCGAGUCAGAAGAGAUGAGGCCUCAAUGGUUUGACUUUGACAAAAUACCUUUCUCUAAAAUGUGGGCUGAUGAUAUUAUGUGGUUUCCGCUGAUGCUGCAAAAGAAGAAAUUCUUGGGGUAUUUCAAAUUCCAGGGUCAUGACAUGAUCAUCGACCACAAGCUGGAGGAAGUGGAGAACAUAUGACAGGGUCAUUCAUGUUAGGUCAAACAGAUGUUCUUUCUGAAGGACACCCUAUUGAGGUUUUGCAGUGUAGCCACCAUAUUGUUUGGUCAUGUUAUGAAGUUCGGUGCCAUUUGAGAAUAGGACUGUCUUUCUAUACUUAUCUAAAAUGGAAUCCUGUACAAAGUAUAACAUUUUAAAAACUGUAAAACAAGUGAUCAACAAUAACUAAUGUGUCAAUUAAAAGAUGUUCAACAGUU